AUGAGUCACUUACUGUGGAAAUACUACUGGGAAGAUGAUGUCGACAGGUUUCGGCGUCUGCUGGCCCCAACCAGCUACAACACGCAGGCUGUGUCAAGGAGCCCAGCCAUAGGGGGGUCCGGCAGCUUCUUUGGAGGAAGUUAUGGCGGCCCAGGCACCUCUCCACGAUCAGCUACCAAGCAGCGCCGGGCAUCCGGACACCCGCAGACUCCAGCCAGGUCCAAGGACGCCAACACGAACCUCGGACGAGCCGAAAUCAACAGCCGCGACCAUGCCGGCCUGACUGUCUUGCUGCGCGCCGCCUCCUCGACCGAACCGAAUGCCUACGAGUUCGUCCGCGCCCUUAUCGAACAUCCUGCCAUCGACCUCUACGCCCAAGACCCCGAGAGCGGCUGGAAUGCCCUCCACCGAUCCUUGUAUGCUGGAAAUGUUUCGAUUGCGCGCUUGCUGUUGGAGAAGGAACGGGUCGAUUUGACGAACCACAACCUGAGCGCCGUCAACAAGGUUGGUCUUUUGAUCAAGACCAAGGACCAUGAGGGAAACAGUCCUUUCGAUGUCUACAACUCGACGAUUGCCGCGAGAUCGCUGAACGACACGGACGAUGGAAGCAGCUCGGAUAGUGACGCUGAUAGCGUGGAUAGUACAGGCGAUGGGGCACAUCAAACGCUCAAGGUUCCCCAUACCUUUCAGUCUUCCAUUGACGGCGACGAGCUCUUUGUGUUUGGCAGCAACAAGAAUGUGUCCCUAGGAGUUGGCGACGAGGAUGAUCGACAGUAUCCCGAGCGCAUCCACCUCUCCCGUCCAGACCUCCUUGUGCAUCGGUUUCACCACUCGCACCUUGAAAGUCUGGAUAUGGACGCCCCUGUCUCACUGGAUCUUGACCAAAUCCCAACCUUGGUCCGCAAUCGCCCUUUAAUUAUUCAAGAUGUGACAAUGUCAAAGCUUCACAGCGCCAUCUUAACGACCGACCCAGUUUCAAAUCUCUACAUAUGUGGAGUUGGACGCGGAGGAAGACUCGGUCUUGGUCAUGAGAAUACCCAGUUCAGGUUUGUGCCUGUGGAGGGCCCCUUUAUAGACAAAAAGGUCCAUCAAGUUGCCCUCGGACAGAACCAUUCCAUGGCAGUCGCAGGAAAUGGAGAACUCUGGACUUGGGGGUUGAACUCUUGCUCACAGCUCGGAUAUGCGCUGCCACCACCAAUGAAGGCAGAUGAAGAACCAAUGAGCCUCACACCGCGCCAGGUUUUUGGUUCCCUCAAAAAGGAGAUCGUUCUUGGUGUGGCUGCAUCAGCGAACCACUCGGUUGCCCAUACAGGAUCCUCUCUAUUCACCUGGGGGCGAAAUGUAGGGCAGCUUGCUCUCAUGGACGCCGACUCGAGGUCACUCGACGUGCAACCUACCCCCAGAAAGGUUGCCGCCUCCCUCCUGGCAGCCCCGAUUGAUAUGGUCUCGGCCAUCGACAAAGCUACCAUUUGUCUCCUCUCCAACCACACGGUCUGGGUUUUCAGUCACUAUGGCUAUAACCUGGUCAAAUUUCCAUUCCCCGAUGUUUUCACAAAUCACACUUUGAUGAAUUCUUCCUAUUCAAAUCGGUACGACCCGGGCCGAAGAGAAAUCAGUUCCAUUGCCUCAGGAGGCGAGACAAUCGCUGCGGUGACGGCACGCGGAGAUCUCUUCACGCUACAUCUCAACCACAAGGGGGACCCCAGCCAAUCUGCCGCGUCCACCACCAACCCGGUCAAGAUCAAGAACGCCCUGACUCAACCCCAAUGCAUCUGGGAUUCACGCAAGGACGGGGUCGCCUCUGUGGGAGUCGGCGAGCAUGGUUCAGUCAUCAUCUGUACCGAAUCAGGGGCUGUCUGGAACCGAGUCAAGCGUACCAAAGGCAAAAUGACUGGAUUCGCAGAGUCGGGAGCAAAGCGCAAGGACUUCAAAUUCCAGCGAGUUCCCUACAUCACCAACUGCGUGGCCGUUCGAAGCUCCAUCUUUGGCGCGUUUGCUGCCAUCAGAAAAGACAGCAAAGUGAUGGCUCAAGAGAUCAAGAUCUCGGAAAAGUCACUGCGCGACGAAAUCAGCUCUCUUCUCUGCCUCAACAGUUUCCGGGCCCCGGACCUAGGCGAGACCACGACUGGUCAUGAAGCCUUCGAGAAGGCCAUCGUCCGCGAGAGGCCUGGCUCGGUUCCUUAUGAAAUCCUUCGGUCAUCCAACAUCGUGCAGCAUCUGCUGAACUGGCUUUCAAUGAAUUCGUUCCAGUUUGACGAUAUGAACAUGGCGGUUUGCUCGUCUGAUGCACCCGAAGUGAGGAUACCAGUUCAUAGCUGGGUUCUUGCUGGGAGAAGUUCAGUCCUGCGGCAUGGUUUAUCAGAGUUGCGCAGCCGUGGUUCAUCGUUUAGCACAGAUUCCUUCAGCCUCGAAAUCGACGAGCACAAGGCCUUGCUGACGCUGUUUGGGGUUGAUAUCUACACAGUUCUCAACAUCGUUGUCCACGCUUAUCAAGACAGUUUCGUGCCUGUAUGGAGGUACACACGCGAAUCACCAGCGGAUGCUCCCCGCUUCCGGCGUGUCAGGACUGAGCUGAUGAAGAUGGCGACGAAUCUCGCCUUGCCCAAGUUAGAGGCAGCAGUUCGCUUGCAGACAGGGGUGGACGAGUCUCUCGAUACCGACUUCAAGCAGGCGAUUUAUGACCCUAGCUUCUUUGAUGAUGGUGACAUUAUCCUUGAACUGGAUGGAGAAGAUGUCACAGCCCAUAGCCAGCUACUAUGCCAGCGAUGCCCGUUCUUCGAGGGUUUGUUUAAUGGCCGUUCUCAAGGUCAGUGGCUCGCUGGACGUCGGGACGGCAUGGGCGAAGCGGACAAGAUCAUGGUUGAUCUCAAGCACAUCGAUCCUGACAUCUUUCACUACGUCAUGUCAUUCAUCUAUGCCGACAUCGGGCAAGAGCUCUUUGACGAAGUAUCGGUGGCCAACCUCGAUGAGUUGUCAGAGCUUGUCCUGGGCGUCAUGAGCGCUGCAAACGAGCUGAUGCUUGACCGGCUCUCUCAAGUUUGCCAAAGUCUCAUUGGAAAGUUCGUCACCACACGGAACAUCUCAAACCUGCUCAACGAGAUCAGCCCGUGCUCUGUUACAGAGUUCAAGGACACUGGGCUUGAGUACAUCUGUCUCCAGCUCGAAUCGAUGCUUGAAAACCACCUCCUGGAUGACUUGGAUGAAGACCUUCUUUUUGAGCUCGAUGAAGUAGUCCGUGAUAACCAGCUUGCGCGACUUCCGUUUGCACGGAGCGGAAGGGCAACCUUGCUACUUCAUGAGAAGUAUCCAGAGCUGGCUGCCGACAUUGACGAAGAGCGACAUAUCAGAAUCAAAGAGAUGGCAUUCAAGGCCAUGCAGAGGGAGGAUGAAAAGAAGCUUUCAUCAUCUUUCAAGGCACGGAUUGGGAGCCUGGAUGAUGGUAGUCCCUUACAGACACCAGACACCCGGCGCAAGUCAAGAAGUGCACGCAACGAACCGUUCAGUCCUAACCUGCGACCCAAACAGUCACAGGCUGAACUGAUCUUUGAUAUGGACGACGAGGAUGACCCGACGCUCACCAACACGCGGUCACCCAUGAAUGAGCCGUCCAGUCUCCGUCUCCCCAUCGACACUGAAGACAUGCCACAGCUACCCAAGGCUUGGAGGGAAGCCAAGGGCAAGGAACCUUUGGAUGUUGCCCAGAGUCCAACGCCCAACGCCUUCUCUUUGUCGCCCAUGCUGCAGCCAUCAGAGCUAGAGGUUACGAAAACUUCAUCAAGUGCCAUGUCAAAACCCGGCGCACCCUGGGCAUCUUCUACGCUGGCCACGUCAAAGCUCGACUUGAAAGACAUCAUGUCAGAGGCAUCUACAUCUGCGCUGACCGCCGGACUCCAGGCGCAAAAGACAAAGGACGCAACUGCCAAUAAGCCCCAGACGAAGAUAUCACAAAAGGAGCGGAAAAGACAGCUUCAAGCGCAGGCGGCGGCUGAAGCGGCCGCCAGAGAUGAAACGGCCAACCGAGUGCCAUGGGAACCAGUGCCGCCAGGUGGAAAGCCUGCGCCUUGGAAGACAGCUAGCCCAGGGCCCAAGACAUCGUUGAAAGAGGCAAUGACGGCAGAUGCCAAGAUAUCCGGAGUACCGUCUGUCAAGGCUAAGCCGCUGGUAGCUUCCGAGACCAAGCCAAAGUCUGCGACACGUCGCACCGCGUCACCCGACACAAGGUUUCCGGGGCAGGGUCGAACAAACAGCUCCCCCGCAAUCGUCGCAGGACCCUCAGCAGCCCAGGCCAGCAAACCGUUGGUGCCACACUCCAAGUCGUACAUAACACCAGCACCCAAGGCCGAGCCGACUCUCGGGUUCACCCUGGCGGAUAUUAUUGGUCAGCAAGAACGCGAGCAGGAAGCUGUAAAGGAAGCCGUUGCGAAGCGGUCACUCCAAGAGAUCCAACAAGAACAGGCGUUCCAAGAGUGGUGGGACCAGGAGAGCCGGCGGACACAGGAGGAGGAGGCCAGACGGAAGCAGAAGGAGACCAGAGAUAAGGAGAGCAAGGGGGCGCGACGAGGUCGGCGAGGCAGAGGGGGGAAGGCCAAGAAUGCCGGUGAAGCGGCAACAGAUGGUGGGCAAGGCGGCGGCGGAGGAGCCGGUGCCAACGCCAAUAGCCGGCCAUCGGUCAGUGGUCGAGGCGGAAGUGGUCGAGGAAGAGGGGGGAAGGGACGAGGUAAUAAAUCACAGGCCACGUGA